AUGGCUCUUAGAAAUAUUCAGAACAAAGACUCGGGGGGGUUAGUGUUAUCUAGUGAUGCGAAACCGAGGUUGAAAUGGACACCAGAACUUCACCAGAGAGGCAACACCCAAAUCAUUAAUGAGAGUGAUGGGCAUUCAUGGUCUCACUCUGUACCAUCUCAAGAGCCACUUACAGAAGAUGAUGGAGAGAGUCAGAUGAUCAGUCCCUUCAUUGCUGAAAUAAGUGAUGGAACUCAGAAUACUAUCCAUGAGAGCACUCAGAUAGCCAAUGCUCUUCAAAUGCAAAUGGAGGUACAGAGGAAACUCUAUGAACAAAUUGAGGUUCAAAGGCAUUUGCAAUUGAGAAUUGAAGCACAAGGAAAGUAUCUACAAUCAGUCCUUCAAAAGGCACAGGAAACACUAGCAGGUUAUAAUUCAUCUCCAAUGGGGGUAGAACUUGCCAAAGCAGAACUCUCUCAGCUGGUCUCAAUGGUGGAGAUGGGUUAUCCAAAUUCUUCGGCGUCAGGCGUGACGGAAAUCGCGGGAUCAAUGCUUAAAGAACUGGAGAAUAAACAGCAGACUGUCAAUGGAUGCUCAGUGGAAAGUUCUCUAACAUCAUCUGAAAGCUCAGGAAGAAAGGAAAUGAGCCAGCACUUAUUAGCACAUGAUGAAAGUGAUGAAGCCGACAAACAAAGCAGAAAUUCCGUGGUUCUUCCAUUGAUGGAAAUGCAGCCAGGACAGAGUGGCGGGUCAGACAACGGAGCUAAUGAUAGAAAGAGGAAUUGUGGCAACAUUGGUGUUGAAAAACCAUUAGCUAAGAGAUUGAACUCCCAUAAAAAUGAUGAACAAGUACCAAGAAAGUUUGGACUCCUGGAAACCUUGGAUUUGAAUAGCAAGUAUCUGAAUGACUUCGAUUCAGGCCCGGCUAAAACGCUGGAUUUAAAUUGCCAGGGAGUAGACUAUCAUCCGAAUGGGUACAACUAG